AGAAAAAGAAAAGGAAAGGAAAAAGGGGAAGAGAGAGUUUGAGAAAGAGAGAGAGAGUGAGGUGGUAGGGAGAGUCCACAGUCACCUCCUUUAUCUCAGCCUAACAUCGCUCUGCUAUUGCCAUUUCGCUUCUCAAUCCCCAAUUCUUCUGUAUUCACAUUCACUCCUCUUUUCAUUUCUCUCUCUUCAUCUUUUUUCUUUUUCUUCUUCUUCCUUUUCAAAUUUUCAGCUCUUUAUCUUUCUCUCUCUCUGUAUCUAUGCGCGUGUUUGGAUCUCCAUUUCAGCUCUCAGAUGUGUUGCUCUCUCUACGCUCGAAUCGUCUCCCUCCUCUUUAACAAAUUGCGGUGUUCUAUUAUCACAAUUUUCUCAGGUCUUAGCUCAUUUCGUCACUACGCUUGAGCUAUCUCAUUUUGAUUUCAUUUUCAAUCCCCGUUUCCCAUUCUAGAAAAUUUUCAAUUGCGCGCAAAAGGACGUGUCUUUGGGUUUUGGUCGAUUUCGCAGCUUCAAUCUUGGGAUUUUUGUAUCUGCUCCAUCUUCCUCUGAUUCAGGUUGUCAACCUACGCUUUGCAUGGUCUUGGCUCUUCUUAGCGGUUUUGAUCACAUAUUAAGAGAUGAGUCGGACAACAAAUGAGAGUGAAGAUGGAGUGCUGUCCAAGGAUCAGAUUGAGUCUCCGUUGAUGGACGAGAGUAACGGAGGAACUGGAAAUGGUGGAAUUGUUCUAAAGAAAGGGCCAUGGACCUCGGCUGAAGAUGCAAUAUUGGUGGAGUAUGUUAAAAAGCAUGGGGAGGGAAACUGGAAUGCUGUUCAGAAGCACUCAGGCCUAUUCCGUUGUGGUAAAAGCUGCCGGCUGCGAUGGGCAAAUCACCUAAGGCCAAACCUGAAGAAAGGGGCAUUUACUCCGGAAGAAGAACAUUUGAUUGUUGAACUCCAUGCCAAGAUGGGGAACAAAUGGGCACGCAUGGCAGCACAUUUACCUGGCCGUACGGAUAAUGAGAUAAAGAACUACUGGAAUACCAGAAUUAAGCGGCGUCAGAGGGCUGGCUUACCACUUUAUCCUCCCGAGUUGUGUUUGCAAGCAUUGCAGGAGAGUCAACAAGGCCAGUCCUGUGGUGGAAUUAAUGGUGCGGAUAGAGCACAUCAUGAUUCUCUGCAAACUAACAGUUAUGAGAUACCUGAUGUUGUAUUUGAGAGUUUAAAAGGAAACAAUUGUGUCUUACCUUAUGUUCCUGAAAUUCCUGAUCUCUCUGCUAGUGGCGUGCUGAUGAAAGGCCUUAGUUCUUCUCCAUAUUGUGGUUUCAUGCCACCAACAAUGCAUCGUCAAAAGCGUCUUCGAGAAUCAACAUCUUUAUUCUCUACUUCUGAUGGUAGUUUCAAAAAUGGUUUCCCCCAGUUUGACCAUUUUCAAGAUGAUACUUGUGAUGAAGUUGGUCAGUCGUUUGGAUUGUCAUUUCCUCAUGAUCCUGAUCCUACCACUAAGAGUCCACUGUCGUUUGGUGUAAUUCAGGGUAGUCAUUCCCUUUCAAAUGGCAAUUCUUCUGCUUCUAAGCCCACCUCAGGGGCUGUGAAGCUGGAGCUCCCUUCACUCCAAUAUCCAGAAACUGAUUUAGGCAGCUGGAGCACUUCUCCUCCGCCGCCCUUACUGGAAUCAAUUGAUGCUUUUAUCCAAUCUCCCCCACCUGUUGGUGCAUUUGAGUCAGAUUGCGCUUCACCACGUAAUAGUGGCCUGCUAGAUGCUUUGCUCCAUGAGGCAAAGACUCUCAGUAGUGCAAAGAAUCUUUCUUCUGACAAGAGUUCAAAUUCAUCUAGUGUUACUCCUGGUGAUAUUGCUGACAGUUCCACUUUGAACAUUUGCGAGACAGAAUGGGAAGACUAUCGUGACCCGAUUUCUCCAUUGGGUCAUUCUGCUACUUCGCUGUUCAGUGAGUGUACUCCUAUUAGUGCGAGUGGAAGUUCAUUGGAUGAACCACCGCCUGCUGAGACCUUUACUGGGUGCAAUGUGAAACCAGAACCGGUUGACCAAGCUUGGACCCCGGAUAAAGAAAAAGAAACUACACCUCAGUUGGAUUACACUCGUCCCGAUGCUUUACUUGCCUCAGAUUGGCUUGAGCACAGUACUGGGUUUAAAGACCAAGGCAUGACAGAUAGUAUUGCAUCAAUUCUUGGUGAUGAUUUGGCGACUGACUACAGGCACAUGGCUUCAGGAACUUCUAUAUCAAAUCAAGUAUGGGGUCUUGGUUCUUGUCUGUGGAACAACAUGCCUGCUGUGUGUCAAAUGUCUUCUGAUCUUCCUUAAGAAACCGGUCUGUCAAUUGUAUGAACCUGAAACUUUUGUCACCUAAUUCGUGCUGAUCAUUUGUUAACUAUGUGGGGAAGCGAGUCCUGGUCUAAGGAAGGUCAGUUGCAAGCAAUUGGGACUUGUGGUCUGUUUUUGCAUGAGUCAUGGUUGUUUUUUGUUUGUGGUUUUCACAUGGUUUCAUUUCAAACGAUGCAAUGCAUGUAUGCCUAAACAGAACCAUAUUGAGGUAUACAAUUGCAUGCAGGCUUUUGCUAUGAUUGUAGAAUAACUAUGCAUUUGGAACGUUCUGAUACAAUGGAAUCCGGUUAGUUUGUUUUA